AUGGGUUUUGGUAGAGAUCAACAAUACAACAAGUCUAAUUUCAACAGCCGUGGAGGUGAUUUCCGUGGCGGUAGAUCUUCAGACAGAAACUCUUACAACAGAGACGAACAAUUCAAUGCUGGUGGCUUCCAUGGCCGUUCUGGUGGCAGACAAAACUACAACCAACCACAAGAUUUGGUUAGACCAAAUUGGGAAGUUGAGAUGCCAAACUUACCACCUUUUGAAAAAAAUUUCUAUCAUGAACACGAAUCUGUCAGUAAAAGAGAUGACAAUGAAAUCAGAGAAUUCAGAAAAGAAAAUGAAAUGACUAUCACUGGCCAUGACAUUCCAAAGCCAAUUACUAAUUUUGAUGAAGCUGGUUUCCCAGAUUACGUCUUGGAAGAAGUUAAGGCUGAGGGUUUUGAUAAACCAACUGCUAUCCAAUGUCAAGGUUGGCCAAUGGCUCUGUCCGGUAGAGACAUGAUCGGUGUUGCUGCUACUGGUUCCGGUAAGACUUUAUCAUACUGUUUACCAGGUAUCGUCCAUAUUAACGCUCAACCAUUACUUUCUCCAGGUGAUGGUCCAAUCGUUUUAGUUUUAUCUCCAACCAGAGAAUUAGCUGUUCAAAUUCAAAAGGAAUGUUCCAAGUUCGGUCAAUCUUCUAGAAUUAGAAACACUUGUGUCUACGGUGGUGUCCCAAGAGGUCAACAAAUUAGAGAUUUAAUCAGAGGUGCUGAAAUUGUGAUUGCUACUCCUGGUAGAUUAAUUGAUAUGUUAGAAAUUGGUAAGACUAACUUAAAGAGAGUUACUUACUUAGUCUUAGAUGAAGCUGACAGAAUGUUAGAUAUGGGUUUCGAACCACAAAUCAGAAAGAUUGUGGACCAAAUUAGACCAGACAGACAAACUUUAAUGUGGUCUGCUACUUGGCCAAAGGAAGUCCAACAAUUGGCUAGAGACUACUUAAAUGAUCCAAUUCAAGUUCAAAUCGGUUCUUUAGAAUUAUCUGCAUCCCAUACUAUUACUCAACUUGUCGAAGUUGUUUCUGACUUCGAAAAGAGAGAUCGUUUAAACAAGCAUUUAGUGACCGCUUCGGAAGACAAAGAAUCAAAGAUUUUGAUUUUCGCUUCUACUAAGAGAACUUGUGAUGAAAUCACUAAAUAUUUAAGAGAAGAUGGCUGGCCAGCGCUAGCAAUUCACGGUGACAAAGAUCAAAGAGAGCGUGACUGGGUUUUACAAGAAUUCAGAGAUGGUAGAUCUCCUAUCAUGGUUGCAACUGAUGUUGCUGCUAGAGGUAUUGGUAUGUAA